CGAUUUUUAAAAAAAUAAAACAGAAAAUAGAAAAAAACUCAAAAGGAGAAAAAAAGAACAGAUAGCGAAAGAAAAGUCUUAUUUCUGGAAUCAAAUCCUUGUGAGUUUUCUUAAGAUCAAAACAUAUAAAUUUGUGAUUUUGAUUAUUGGGUUUUGCUCAUAGAAGACGAAACAGAAAGAAACAUUCGUAAACAACACCAAUACACCAACCCAUACAAUCUAAAUUACAUUAACAUCAGAGAAAGUUUCAAACUUUUCCAAAUCUUCAACGCCAUUGAAAUAGCAUCUCACAGAUUGAUGAGUCAUUAAAGACCGUCAAUAUGACGACUACUCCAACUUCAUCUGGGAGAAGAAGCAUUUCAAGUAUAAGGAGAACAUCAUCAGCUUCUAAGAAACCUGUUCUUCAAUCAGAAGAGAGCGAAAGCGGAAGCGGAAGCAUUAACGAGAACACCUCCAAACCUGAUUCACCUCUUGCUCAACCGGUUUCUGAUGGCGAGAGAACAGUCAAGAAGCUACGGUUAUCCAAAGCUCUCACUAUUAAUGAGGGAACCACUGUCUUUGAUGCUUGUCGAAGGAUGGCUGCUAGGCGUGUUGAUGCGGUUUUGUUAACUGAUUCAAGCGCUCUUCUUUCCGGUAUUGUUACAGACAAAGAUAUAGCCACGAGGGUGAUUGCAGAAGGGUUGAGACCAGAGCAUACUCUGGUGUCUAAAGUCAUGACAAGGAAUCCCAUUUUUGUCACAUCUGAUUCACUUGCCAUUGAGGCUCUUCAGAAGAUGGUUCAGGGAAAGUUCAGGCACUUGCCUGUUGUAGAGAAUGGUGAAGUCAUUGCUUUGUUGGAUAUCACAAAGUGUCUCUAUGAUGCUAUCUCACGGAUGGAAAAAGCUGCAGAGCAAGGAAGUGCUUUAGCUACUGCAGUGGAAGAACGGCAUUGGGGAAGUGGAAACUUCGCUUUCAUUGAUACAUUGAGAGAGAGGAUGUUCAAGCCUGCAUUGUCAACUAUAGUCACUGAGAAUACCAAAGUUGCACUUGUAUCAGCAUCAGAUCCUGUCUUUGUAGCUUCCAAAAAGAUGCGUGAUUUGCGGGUUAACUCUGUGAUCAUCGCGGUUGGGAACAAGAUUCAUGGGAUUUUAACUUCAAAGGACAUUCUCAUGAGAGUUGUAGCACAGAAUCUAUCUCCUGAGCUGACUCUUGUUGAAAAGGUAAUGACGCCAAAUCCUGAAUGUGCAUCAAUAGAGACAACAAUCCUCGAUGCAUUGCAUAUAAUGCAUGAUGGGAAGUUCUUGCAUCUGCCGGUUUUCGAUAAAGACGGAUUCGCCGUAGCUUGUUUAGACGUGCUGCAGAUAACUCACGCAGCUAUAUCAACGGUUGAGAACAACAGCUCAGGAGCUGUUAACGAUAUGGCGAAUACAAUGAUGCAAAAGUUCUGGGACUCAGCUCUUGCGUUAGAACCACCUGAGGAUUACGAAACACACAGCGAUAUGUCAGCAAUGCUGAUAAAUUCAGAAGGGAAGCAGUCGUGUCCAUCACAAGGACUUGUGAGCUCGUUUGCUUUCAAAUUCGAAGAUCGUAAAGGGAGAGUACAGCGGUUUAACUCAACUGGUGAGAGUUUUGAAGAGCUGAUGAGUGUUGUGAUGCAAAGAUGUGAAGCGGAUUCAGGCCUUCAGAUAAUGUACCAAGAUGAUGAAGGUGAUAAAGUUUUGAUUAGUAGGGACAGUGAUCUUGUUGCUGCUGUAACUUUUGCUAGGUCUUUGGGGCAAAAGGUUUUGCGACUACAUCUUGAUUUUACCGAGACAAUUGCUCCUCUUGAGACGAUUGCAGAUUUGUCCGAGGGAAAUGGCGGUUGUGUUUGGUGGCAGACUGGCGUCUUGGCUGGUGCUAUUGUCCUAACGAGCAUAGGUUUAUUUGUUUACUUAAAACGUUCCAAGAAAUGAUAUGUUGAAUGGGAACUUAAUUGUAUUACACUGUUACUUUGUCUUUUUAUUCGAUUCACAUUGCAAAGCAAUAAUAAAACUUGUUACCAAAA